GUGCACCUAAACCGUAAUAUGCAGUGAAACGAACGCUAUGAUAUGAUGAUAAGCUUAAUUCCUCUCUCUGCUCAGACUGUUCAGUGCAAAAGCUACCAACGAGCUUGUCUCCUUGUGCGGUCGUGAGCUUGCUUGUGCUAAGCUUGAAGGGAGAGUCGAACGAAUCCAUGGCGGAGACGGUGCUGAGCAUGGCGAGGUCGCUGGUGGGCAGUGCCAUCAGCAAGGCCGCCUCUGCCGCUGCCAAUGAGACGAGCCUCCUGCUCGGCGUCGAGAAGGACAUCUGGUAUAUCAAAGAUGAGCUAAAAACAAUGCAGGCAUUCCUUAGAGCUGCUGAAGUUAUGAAAAAGAAAGAUGAACUAUUAAAGGUUUGGGCAGAGCAAAUACGUGACCUGUCGUAUGACAUUGAAGAUUCCCUGAUGAAUUUAAAGUCCAUAUUGAAAGCCAAACCCUAUUUCGUCAGUUGGUGAAACUUAGAGAGCGCCACCGGAUCGCUAUCCGUA